GCGAUAAGUCGUGUGCGAGCUUCUUCGCGUCAUCAUCCCACUUCGUUAUAUACACGACUCGAUUGUCGAGCUCUUCCUUGAAAAGCUCCAGCAAUUCCAGUCUAUGUGAGUCAUGGCCACUGACGAAUCACCAAAUCAGGCGGACUUGUCUUCCGUAGAGGAAAGUUUGAUGAGUCUAGAGAAGCUGGACAGAGCGUCUCCCGAUUUAUGGCCCGAGCAAAUUCCAGGUGUGCACGAGUUUGUCGCACAGAACUCGCCACUGACCGAGCCGUGUUUCUGGGCUGCAAACUUCUCAACGGAUGACAUAAGCCACUUGCAUCAAUUGGGUAAUUUGACAAUGACCGGGCUUAUCUCGGAAGUGAAAAGACUGCACGAUAUAGCUUAUCAGCUGGGUCUCGAGGAGGCGAAGGAAAUGACACGCGGCAAAUAUCUGAAUAUAUUUAGACACAAGUAAAGUACCACUCUUUGAUUCGCCAAAGAAUAAAAAAAAAACAAAUUCAUGAGAAUGCG